CUCCUCCGUCGACGCGCCACCCACGUUCAUCCAGUCGUUUGUCUCCUGCCUGUCUCUUCUGUCCCACCCGUUACUGGAGUAAAGAAGUCAGCAUGGACGCGUUGUUCGCACCGUUAGUAGAAGCUACUGGUGCGUCUACAGAUCAGAUCAAACUCAUAGUAUGCCUCCUCUUCGCCUACCCCCUCGGAAGCCUCUUCAUCCGAGUUCCCUCUCAAAAACCUGGUCUCCGACAUAUGUUUAGCAUCGCAGUGACGAUGUUUUUCUUACUUUCGUUGUUCAAGAUGUAUUCGGGUACUCUACAGCUAUUGGCGGAUAUCCUGGUCACAUAUUUUGUUGCAAAGUGGAAUACCGGUCCGAAAAUGCCUUGGAUUAUUUUUUUUUUCGCGUUGGGACAUCUCAUGGUCAAUCAUGUUAUCCGAGUUUUUUAUGGAUUAAGCUUCGAGACGGUCGAAGUCACUGGUGCUCAGAUGGUUUUGGUCAUGAAGUUGACGACUUAUGCUUGGAAUGUGUAUGAUGGGCGAAGGAAGACGGAGGAUCUGGACGCUUGGCAAUUGAGCAACCGUAUCACUGAAAAUCCUUCUUUACUUGAAUUCUUGGGUUAUUGUUUCUAUUUUCCUGGGUUCUUCGUCGGUCCUUAUCUUAUUUACAAUGACUACAAGUCACUCGUGGAUGAGACCGUGUUUAAGGAAAAGAACAUCAAAGGUAUCAAAGGGCGGAAUCUCGCGGAUGGAAGGAAACGCUUUGGGUAUCGAAAGAUGGUUGCGGGAUUGGUGUUCCUUGGAAUCUUUGUGGUCGUGGGUGGUCGAUACAACCCUUCGGUUAUCCUGAGCCCACAUUUUGCUGAAAAAAGUUUAUUGAUCAGAAUUGUCUGUUGGCAAUUCUAUGUUACUGUGGAAAGGUGCAAGUAUUAUGCGGUUUGGACGCUUAGUGAGGGAGCCAGUAUUAUCACCGGUUUAGGCUUCACAGGAUUCACCCCUUCUGGUCAGUCGACCUGGAAUGGUGCUGCCAACGUCUCAGCGAUGAGCACCGAAUGGCCAUCCAACUUCAAACACCUCCUCGAAUCAUGGAACAUGAAAGCUAAUAUUUGGCUCCGUGAGUGUGUGUACAAGCGUGUCACGCCCAAGGGCAAAAAACCUGGUUUUGCUAGUAGCAUGGUGACGUUUACUGCGAGUGCUGUCUGGCACGGAGCUGCUAUCGGAUACUACCUAACCUUCGUCAUGGGCGGCUUCGUCACAACCGCUGCACGACUCGUCCGAGCCAACGUUCGUCCUCUCGUUCUCCCUGAACCGGGACAUCCCGCGUCGUUGGCGAAACACCUAUACGACCUCAUCGGAACGCUUACAUCUAUCGCCAUUGUCAACUACAUCACGCUCCCGUUUGCACUGUUGACUUGGAAUGAAUCAAUUGAGGGAUGGAGACGAUUGGCGUGGUAUGGACAUAUCAUCAUCAUGGGUGGAUUGGUGUUUUUCUAUGUUGGAGGUGCGAAGUUCCUUAGAGGGUUGCAGGUGAAAGCUGGGAAACGGAAGGCGAUGUCGACCGCGAGUGGGACGACUACGCCUGUUGGUGAGAAGACGUUCCAGCUUCCGCCGUCAUUUGAUAAGGUGGCUCCGCCAUCGAGGGAUUAGAUGGGUUUUCUUUUACAUUACAUGUUUUGUUUUUCAUUUGGUGUUUUGCGUAGGCUUGCUUAGUGCCUUUCGCAUAUAAUAAUACUCUUUGACCAAAAUUGUAGUCAUAGGCCCGAGUCGAUUGUCCGCCUCUAAAACAACCUUGCAAUUGCCUGAAACUUUCAAGUG